AUGCAGGUCGUUUGCAGCUUUGCACGAUGUUUGAGCCUCUACAGUUCUUUUGGUCUUUUCUUUCAAUCACUUUCAGAAGCACGAGGUGCAGCAGAAGCGGUGUUUCAGCUUAUUGACGAGGCAAAUGAAACAAGCAUCAAUGAAACAGAUAUAUGGAAAGAGGAUACAGAAUCGAUUCAUAAUAUCACUGGUGAUAUUGAAUUUGACAAUGUCAACUUCAUUUAUCCUUCUCGAAAAGAAGUAUCAGUUCUGCAUAAUCUCUCUCUUAUUGCUCGUGCUGGCCAGACGACCGCUCUCGUAGGCUCAAGUGGCUGUGGAAAAAGUACAUGUAUAUCACUAUUUCUUCGUUACUAUAAACCUUCAUCAGGACAAAUAACGAUCAAUGGUCGACCGAUAACAGAUUACAAUGUUAAACAACUUCGACAGAACAUUGGAGUUGUUAGUCAAGAACCCAUUCUGUUUGAUGUGAGUGUUUAUGAAAAUAUUCGUUUUGGUAAAGUAAAUGCCACAAGAGCUGAAAUUGAACAAGCAGCACAAGAAGCCAAUGCACAUAACUUCAUCAUGCAGUUGCCAAAUAAAUAUGAAACACUUGUUGGUGAACGUGGUAUACAGUUAAGUGGCGGUGAAAAACAACGUAUUGCACUAGCUCGGGCUCUUGUCAAACAGCCUGCCUUCCUUUUACUCGAUGAAGCAACAAGUGCACUUGAUAGUGUUAGCGAACAAGUUGUUCAAGAAGCACUCGAUCGAGCAUGCAAAAGUAAUAAUGACUUUUUUUCUGCAUAUCGUAUUGAUAUAUCAUUCUUUAUAGGUCGUACAACUAUUGUUAUUGCUCAUCGUUUGACUACAAUUCAAAAUGCUCAUCAAAUAUAUGUAUUAGAUAAUGGAAGUGUUAUUGAACAAGGUACGCAUGAAACAUUAAUGGCAAAAGAAGGAGGAAAAUAUCAAGCAAUAGCCACACGUCAACAAAUUGAAAAAAUCGAUGAUGAUAAAGAUGAUAUAACGAGCAUGCAAAAAGCAAUAGAAGAAGAUGAAAAGCGGACAUGUAUGUUAAUAUUCUAA